AUGGUCACUCCAUAUAAAGGUCACAUCUUCUCCCUGCAAUAUCUCGACUUUCACAGAAAGACUGCCAUGAUGCACGGAACGUACAACCAGAUCAAUCAAAUCUCCAAAAUGCUUCCCGCAAAUCCACCUGCCUUCUGUCAAAUGGCUAGAUGGAGGGCUGCUGCCGAUCCAUCAGGUCCAGACGCCAAAAUCCUCGCCAGCAGCAUGAUCUCAGCAAACAGCUCAAGUGCCAAAGAUGGCAACGAUUUCGACGAUCCGUUCGGUAUCAAAGCCCUCGAGAGAGCCGGCAUAAUCCUCAAAGAAGCCCAAUCAUCAUCAUCGCCACCCGACUCUGCCAUCUCUAUCGACAGCACUCGCACGUCGACGAAAGCGUCAACAUGGCCUUUUAUUUCCGGAGACUCACGAAACCUGUCUCCACCCUCCUCAUCUUUCACCAGCCAAUCCUCCACUCCAAGCGUACGGGGUUUCCACUGGAAAAAUGACACUCCGAUCGAUAUGAGUUCCAUGCCAGGCUAUCCUUCACUCGCCGAGUGCUCGGAACGGGAUCGAAAAGCCUAUCACGUUUUCCAAAGGCAACAUCCUGCGUCGUUCUCGAGAGAAGAACAUUAUCGAGCUUCACAGUCUUUUGAGCCAACGUCGGCUUCCGACUAUGAGCCUGAAUCUGAGCCUGGGUCUAGGUCUAGGUCUAGGUCUGGGUCUGAGGAUAUCACCGGCGUAGAAAGACAUGAUUCCCUGCUGCAACCUCUUUUUACCAACAAUCCUCUCGGCGAUAUCUGGGCCAGUCUGGAAGCUCCAGACGAACCGACUACCCCUGCCGCCAGCAAAGAAUGUCGGACUUUCACACCGCCAUCUGCGACUCGAGUCGUCUCUGGUAUGGGAUACCGGACCAGCAGUCCUUUGGAACCUUUCCCUGCGUUUGACGUGACUGAAAUGACAGGAGCGAAGCUGAUUGAGGCGCCUCAAUCAGAGAAGGGAAUCGAUAAGAAGAGUAAGGGAUAUUGGAGAGGAUUGCUCGUUCUUGGGCUGAGAACCAAGUUUGUGAUGAGAGAAGCCUAUGAGGAUUCAGGUAGGUCGCACUCACGAUAA